UUUAUCAAAGCUAAGUUUUAUACGUUGGGUGUUCUAAGUAGCUUGAAAGUUGAAACUGACAGGAGGCUAGGGUUCUGGGUUCGUCAACUUUGAAAUUUUAGGGUUUCCAGUGAGGUUGACGUGAAGCUUAUGAUUGCUAUAAACAUGUACUUUUGGGGUGUAAGCUUUAGCUGGUUUUGUAAAAAAAGCAUAUAUAGCUUGCUUUGAUUACUGUGCUGCUCCGUCAUUGAUCUUGAAAUGGAAUAUUAUUAAGCUCGAUGAAUUGCGUCGUUUUUCUUCUGAAAAAGCUAGCGUUGCCCAAGUUAAUUUCUAGGGUAGGCAAAUCCUUGAAAAGGCCUCAUCUACUUGUCUGAUGAUUUCAGAGAUGCUUACCGUGUGCUCCUUGUUAUCUUAGUUAAAUCAAAGGAGCAACUGUUAUCAUCGUUAUGGAUAUGAGUAAGUUCAGACCUGAAUCGCAUGUAGCCCAGCAACGCCUACGAGAUAAGUUGAGGGUUCAGCAAAGCUCCAAACUGGUUCAGCAAUUAGAGGACUUUCCUAACAAUUUGGAAGACGGGUGUUCCUCAGUUCAUCCGGCCCUAAACCCAGGUCUUGUUCAUGUUCGAAAUGUUCGAAAUGAUAAUUUGUUAUACGAUCCAGAUGUUUUCUCUUCAGACAUCAUCCACGUCUCAUCAAACUCUUCUGUUUUACCUUCGCAAAGAGAUCCAAUUCUACAUCAGGAAAUGCAAACAGCUCCAGAAAACAGGCAAUUGCUUGCCGAGGAGUCCUCGUUUCCCGGUAUGUCACAAUCAAAUUUAUCUAAAUUCGAUGCUUCAUCUAAGGUCUCCGGUGAUCCACAUGAUUGUGGUAAUUGGAGGGGUGUUGAUUCACAGCAUAAUUGUGAUUGGAUGGUGGGUUAUGCAAGUGGAUUAGCUGGUAGUGAGAGUAAUCAGGACCCUAGGUUUGUUGGGGAAGUCAUAUCAAAUAAUGCAAGGAUUCUCAACAGUGCGUACCAAGAUGUUCAGUCUACUCACCCCAAUCCAGGGAGUGAAAUUUAUUGUCUGGAGAGGAAUUUGCAUUUUGUGUCACCUUCACUUUAUCAGAAUUCUCUACAGGAUGUUGUUACUACAGCUCAGGGACUUGAAGUUGGUUCUCAUGAGCCUCAAAAUGUUAGAGAGGCUGCCAGAGGUUCAAGGAUUGAUUACUGCGGGAAUGAAGCAAACCCUUUGCAUUUUGGUAACACCGGUACCUGGAUGAAUACGCCACUGGGGGAGCAGUCUCAACAGUUGGGUGCUGAGUUGGGGUUUUUGGCUAGUAAGAGUAGCGUAGAACUAGGUGCUGCUGCGAGUGAUGCAACUACUCACGGGCUAUCUCUUUCUCUUUCAUCGCACCCCACACCAAAAAUUUGUGGUGCAGAUCCGGUUCAAUUCACGGGGAGUCAGUAUUAUUCUGAUGGCUUUCACUCUAAGCCUGGUGAAUUCAAGGAACUUAGAGAUUCUAAAACUUCAAAUCUGGGUCAUUUCUUUUCGAUGCAAAAAUCAUCUUCAACAAGUAAGGCUGACGGAAAGUCCCUUCAGGAUGCGGGUGGAACUUCAGCUUACGUUCAUCGUCAAACGAUUCCCCUUGGCCCGUUUACUGGAUAUGCAACUAUUCUUAAGAAUUCAAGAUUCCUGAAGCCCGCACAAGAACUUUUGGAUGAAUUCUGCCAUUUAUCCAACUCAAAGCCUGUUAAAGUUUGUGACACAUCCGAGGGGAACCCUGGCGAAGUCAGUGCUUGCAAGGAAAGUAAUUCAGGGGUUUCCGCUACUUUUUACAGUUCUAAUGAAUCUUGUAAGCACGAGUACCAACAAAAGAAGGCAAAGCUUGUAUACAUGCAUGAGGAGGUUUGCAGAAGAUACAAGCUAUACCAUCAGCAGAUGCAAAUGGUGGUUUCUUCAUUUGAGUCGGUAGCUGGACUUGGAGCUGCGACUCCCUACGUUCCCUUGGCUCUCAAGACAGUGGCUAGGGACUUUCGGUGCCUACGGAUUGCUAUACUAGACCAGAUUAAGCACGUAUCUAGAGCUCUUGGGGAGGACUUACUGUCCCCAACUACCGGUACUAGCGGCAGUAAAGGUGAUAUAAAUAUGUCUAGGCUAAAGUGUUUUGGUCAGAAAUCUGGUGGGGUUAACAUGGGGUUCCUUGAACCCCAACAACAUAGCUGGAGGCCCCAGAGAGGCCUACCAGAACGUUCGGUGGCUAUUCUUAGAGCUUGGCUCUUUGAGCAUUUUCUUCAUCCGUACCCGACAGACACGGAUAAGCACAUGUUGGCCACUCAAACUGGUCUCUCUCGAAAUCAGGUGUCUAACUGGUUCAUAAAUGCACGUGUUCGGGUUUGGAAACCGAUGGUGGAAGAAAUACAUAUGCUUGAAAGCAAAUGCUUGGCAGAAGGCAACCAAAACUUGAGCAAAAGUGAGGGAAAGUCUACUAGUGAAGGACGUAUUAGUUGUCCUAACGAUGGCCAAUCUAUCAACAGGUCAUGUGUAAAUGCAUUGUCUGACAAGCAAUUGGCCUGCGCUGAUAUGCUCGUAGCUGAUGCACAUGAUUUGGAACACUGGAAUCAUGAGAAACGUUCAAGCAUGGAUUUUCAUAUCCCAACUAGUAUGGAGGGUUCGUUGAUGGGAUUUGCACCCUACCAGCAAAGCAGGCUUGAGAAUGGGGGGCUUGGAGCCGUCUCACUGACCUUAGGACUUAUGCAUGGUGUAGAAAGUGCACAGCAGCAGCAGCGACAACAACAACAACAAUAUCAACAGCAGGAGCAUCAUUCGAGGCGGCAAUUUGGAGGUCAUUUGAUUCAUGACUUUGCCGGUUGAGAUUAUAUUGAUUUUAUUGAAGUUGAAAUGAGCAUGUGAUGAGGUAGCUGUUCUUUGUGACACAAUGUUUUAGACGAAAAAUCCUGCUAUGCGGGUCACCUUAACAGAUUUUCUUUGUCACGUUCAAUGUUGAAUUAAAGUGAUGGCACAACACCGUCCUUACUGCUUGGUAUUUACAUGGCAAGAGUAAUUGGGAAUAAACGUAUGGUGGUGGUUUGUUGUGAGAUUCUGUUUGGAUUUGUGUUAGUAGGAUUUAGUUAAAGCACAAAUGUAUAGAAUUUUAAUUUCCAGGGUCAUAUGGUUUCGACUUCCCUGAUUCGUCUCUCUAGAAAUUAUGAUUUUACUGGCAAUCAACUUGGACUUGUCUUUUGCCUGGUAAACCAGACGCCCUGAAGAGAACUGUUGCUAACAAAAGUGACCCGAGUUUCGAUUUUUGAGCCGAAACUGUGGUUUAUUUUUGGGUGAUGAAAUUGUGGUUUUCGCUGCAUGUAAACUUGUAAAAGGUGUGGGAAAAUGCCUUUGAGAUAUAUAUAUAUAAAUCAGUUAUUUUUAGACGAA